GCACCAAGGCGUCACAACUAAAUAACAGAACUCUUUUGUAGCUCUCCUCCUUAAUUUUCCUUCUUCCAUUCCCAUGGCCUUCACUGUAUCGGAUGAGACACUGGGCACCUUUGUUCCAAUCGCCGUUUAUUGGAUAUACUCGGGGAUCUACGUCAUAUUAGGUGAUUUGGAGAAUUAUCGGUUGCACACGAAGGUUGAGGAAGAUGUGAAGAACAUUGUCUCCAAACGUACCGUUGUCAAGGGAGUUCUCGUUCAGCAGGCUUUUCAAAUCGCAGUCUCACUGCUCCUAUUCGCUGUCAUAAGUGAUGAUAAUGGGAUUGCAAAGCCUCAACCCUCCCUGCUUGUGAUUGCAGUCCAGUUCUUGGUUGCCAUGGUGGUUCUUGACACAUGGCAAUACUUCAUGCACAGAUACAUGCACAUCAACAAGUUCCUGUACAAGCACAUCCACUCCAAGCACCACACCCUCGUCGUCCCUUACGCCUUUGGAGCCCUAUACAACCACCCAUUGGAGGGUCUUCUGCUCGACACCAUCGGCGGUGCUCUAUCUUUCCUCGUCUCUGGCAUGACUCCUCGGACUGGCAUCUUCUUCUUUUCCUUUGCCACCAUCAAGACUGUGGACGACCAUUGUGGACUGUGGCUUCCCGGGAACAUCCUCCAUGUGUUCUUUAGCAACAACAGUGCAUAUCAUGAUGUCCACCAUCAGCUUUAUGGUAGCAAAUACAACUUCUCGCAGCCCUUCUUUGUUAUGUGGGACAAAAUUCUUGGGACAUACAUGCCAUAUUCGCUCGAGAAGAGGAAGGAAGGAGGUUUCGAAGCCCGGCCAACCAGAGACUAGAGCUAAUCAGUGUAGAAAUCCUCCUUUUUUUUUUUUGAAAAUAUAUAUAUAUAUGUUGUAAAAUGAACUCAUUCCUGCACGUGAUGUUUUGCGGAAUUGUAUACCCAUUUUAUCAGUUACUUUGUAACAAGUGAAUUCAGUAAUUCAGUUUUAAGAAUGAUACAU